AUGCCGACAUUAGCAAUCGUGCUGUCAGCACUUUCUUUCUUCCCCAGCACAUCAGCCACUGUCCCUCUUGAAGGUUAUGGGCGAGAUUCCUACCCAGUACCAUGUGCUCAAGCGUGCUCGUGGGCAAUGCCCUACAAUCUCGAUUGCCCUGAGUACGCCGGCAUGACGGCAGAGGCGAAGGCGGACGCAUAUCCAUCGGCGGAAUGCUUUUCCAACGACCGUUCGUACUUGACCUCCAUAGCCUACUGCAUUCACUCUUAUUGCCCAAAGAAUGUCAAACUUUACAAAGUUGAGACCUUCUGGGAGACUCUGAUGAUUUACGAGUCCAAGUCCAUUCGAUGGUCGUACCCCGAGGCUUUGGCUCAGGUCAACGCCUCCAGUACCCCAAGACCAAUGUCUCCAGAAGAAACAUUGUUCAACCGUACCAUCUCGAUUGAUGCAGCUGUCUUCCAGGGCCAGCUGAAUGGCGUCAGGGAAUACAAGACCGUCGCCAAGAAUGAAAGCAAGUACUCCAUUCUGGCCUUCAUGACAUGUGUGAUGGUACCCAUUGGCUUCUCCCUCCUACGCUUGCUUCCCCUGCCAACAUCCUUCAAAAGCAAGUUCUACGGCUACUUCAUAGACCCUCCAGCUUGGGGCAGGCAGCACAGUGUAGCCACGCUUGGAAUUGGCAUGGUUCCUACUAGAGGUCAAGCUCUUUUUAUUCUCUACCUCAUUGGUAUCAAUUGCCUGGCGACAUUCGAAGGAUACCCGAAUUAUACCCCCAACGGCGUCUAUCCAGAUCGUCAUUAUGCACUAAUGCGUUUUAUCGGUAAUCGGGCUGGUGCCAUCGCCUUCGCCAACAUCCCUAUUGUCAUUCUCUAUGCCGGCCGUAGCAGCGUGCUUCUUCGGCUCACUAACUGGUCUUACUCAACCUUCCUUCUUCUCCAUCGAUGGACUGCCACCAUCUGUGUCGUACAAGUCGCCCUUCACUCGCUCCUUUGGCUUCGAAUUAUGAUCGAGCAACACUCGUAUCCCCUUGUUCUGACAUACCCCUACUGGUACGUCGGCGUUGUCGGCACUGUCCUCUUCUCCGCCUUGAUUCCCUUCUCGAUGCUUCCAAUCAGAAAGAUAUUAUAUGAGGUCUUUCUCAUCACGCACAUACUCUUGACCAUCGGUGCCCUGGUCGCUUCUUGGUAUCACAUUGUUUUCCUCUACGAAGACACAAGCGGCUUCGAGAUCUGGCUCAUCAUCGCGUUUUGCUUCUGGGGCCUUGAGAGACUUCUCCGCAUUCUGCGUAUCUCCAGAUAUGGUAUCAAAAAAGCAUAUGUCACUCGUAUUGAUGACAAGUAUUUGCGUGUUGACAUCCCAGAUGUUGAUGCUCAUGGUCACUGUUUCGCUUACUUCCCGACCCUGUCCUGGCGCGUUUGGGAGAACCACCCUUUCUCGAUUGUCAACUGCAGUAAGGGCCAGCUUGAUGGAGAGUCCAUGAUUCCAAGCUCGGCUUCGCAAACCCAGUCUGAGAAUGAGGGUGCCAUCUCACCAACUGAGGCAUCAGCUUCCAAAGAGAUGGGCGGCGCUAUGUCCAACGUCCGUCAGCUUCGAGAUCAUAGCAGUACUACCAAACCUGGCAUCACGCUGUUCGUCCAGAACCUCCGUGGUAUGACGGCCAAGCUUGCCAAGAAAGCCGACACUAGCAUCGCUAUCCCCGUUCUCAUCGAGUCUUCUUACGGUCACGAAGACACAAGCCGAUUUGAGCCUAACAUCGAAUACCCAAACACCCUCGUCAUCUCCGGCGGUGUCGGCAUUGCUGGCGUUCUGUCAACUCUCCGAGCUUCCCUGUCAAUGUACGCCAAGCCCUUGGGAACUACUAAGCUGUAUUGGGGAAUCAAAAGUAAGGGUCUUGUCGAUGUAGUCAAGAGUAUGAUUGUUGGUGGAGACGUCGCCGAGGAAAAAGAAGGUGGUGAAUCCUCCAACUGGGGCCAUAUCGAGACCCAUGUCUCAGUUGGUGAGCGAAUGGACAUAAAAAGAGUUUUGACGACGGAAUUGGAGAAGGCCAUUGGUGGAACUACCGUUAUCGUUUGUGGUCCACAUGGAAUGUGUGAUGAAGCUCGCUAUGUCUGUGCUGCGAUGGCGAGGCAUGGUGUUGUUGUUCGCUAUGUUGAAGAGUCCUUCACCUGGUAG